UUCCCCAAAUGCCGCCCCUUCGGAGUCUCCAAUGUCGUGCAUAGCAUUCCCUCCUCCACCGUUUCAAUUUCAAAACCGUUUAAGCAUCAAAUCUCCAAAAGAGUAAGACAGAGAGAUAGAGAGAGGGAUUAUUGUAUCUACCGUUCUUUGUAAAGCAACCAGUCAAGUCAGCCAUGCCUUCAAGAUCAGUUACAAAGAGACGGAGAGCAGUAAAGUCUGUCAAGAAAAUGAAAAACCCCACCAACCAUUCUCUACCUAAUUUUCAACUCCAAGGAGUUCAAGGGAGUGAGAAGGAAGUAGAUGUUGGUGAUCAGCAUGUUUUAGUUGGAGAAGAGAAGUCAAAGAAGGGUAUACUUUAUCUGCUGUAUCAGUGACUUCUGCAAGUGAUUACGAAAUGGAGGAGCCUUCAAAUGGCAAAAUAGAGGAGACCCAGAAAGCAGAUUUACAGGAAGACUAUAGGGAGGUGCAAAGUGUGGUUGAAUCUUCAGAUGGAAAAUUAGAGGAUACCCAGAAAGUGGAACUUGAGGCUGAAUAUAAUAAGGAUGUGAAAACUCAGGAUGUUGGGGCGGUCGAAGCUGUGGUUGAAUCCGAGAGAGAAAUUGUUGUUGAUGGGAAUUCUGAGUCUGUGGAUGAAUUUUAUUCGGUUUUGAAAAGUAGCAGUUUUGACAAAGAUGAGAAGAGUUCUGAGGUGGUUGAUUCAGGAAAGUUAGAGGAGGAGGAGGAGAAAGAGGUUUCUGACUCAGUUACUGAGUAUGCUGAGCCUGUUGUGCCUCUGUACCAUUUCAAUCAAGGUCUAGAAGAACUAGUUGAUAAUUCUAUUGGAUUGGAAUCGAAGGAAAAGGAAGAGAAAGCUUCCCUAUCUUCGGAUAAGACUAACGGAAUUUCUUCUGUUGUGGCUAACGAAGAGUUAAAUGGGAUUGAGGAGACAAAUUUUCUCUCUUCAGAGGAGAUAAAUGGUUCUCCUGAGGUUUUAAAAAAUACUGUGUCCAAGGGAAUUGAAGAAACAACAUUGCUGGCCGUGGAUGAGAAUAGUGGAGUUCCUGAGGCGGCAACAGAUGUGGUCGCAAAGGGAAUUGAGGAAACAACACUGCUGGCUUCAGAUGCGAGUGUUGGUGGGGCAUCAAAGGAAAAUAUUAAUGAUUCAUUGCAGCCGUUGGAUGAUGCUCCGGCUGUUGACAUAAGUAAUGCUGGUGAAGAGGGCAACAAGACUGAGAUUCCCCAAAGCACAGGAAAUCCGCAUAUUAUCUCUGUGUCUCGACGCACCGUGCAACCAACUUCUUGGAGGAGCUGCUGUGGACUUUUUGAAGUCCUGCACUGCUCUGAUAGAUAACUCAAG